UUAACAAAUAGAUUCCCUCCUCCUCCAUUCCUUUUCACUUGACUUGCUACAUCAUUCAUUUGUCUUUUGACGGAUCGAGAAUAAAUAACUAGGAAAUCAGGAUUCUUGAUCACUCUGCCAUGGCCAAGCAUGUCCAGGUGUUGGCACCUGACGGUCAGGACUAUCUGAUCGAGAUUGCCAAGCACUUUGACAGAGUUUCUGCAGCACAGCACUAUAAUUCGUCAGGUAUGUCCUUUACAACAGGACUACUCCUUGGACAACUGAGCGUUGUCCUGCUUGUCAUUGUUUGUUUCAAAUAUCUUUUACUGGAAGAUGUCCGAUAUGGGCGCAAGCCUCGCUCAUUCUCGAACAGAGGUGUGUCUAUCCCAGCACCGCCAACAAAGCCAUCACUGCCGUCGACUACAACAAUCUUAAAUAAAACUCUUUAUGAUAUUUAUGAUCACCCUCCUGAAUCAUUGGACUGGAUGAGCGUUUUACUAGCACAGGCGAUUGCUCAAUACAGAGAUGACUCUAAAGUCAACAACAGACUGAUCAAAGCGCUAGCAGAAGCCUUGAAUGGGGGAGUUCGACCAGACUGGGUGGGGCACAUUCGCGUGACAGAGUUAAACCUGGGCGAAGACUUUCCUGUCUUGAGCAGGGCCAGAAUUCGACCAGCAGAUCAACCAGCGGGCAGUGUGAGAGCAGAAAUUGACAUUGAUUUUAAUGACCAGAUUAUGCUGGGUAUUGAAACAUCUGUGUUGAUCAAUUGGCCUCGGCCGAGGAUAGCAGCCUUGCCAGUAUCGCUUGUUCUCUCGGUUGUAAAAUUCCAAGCAACGAUAACAAUGCAGUUUAACACUAUUGAUGGACAGCAGCAUAUUUCAAUAUCGACCCUGCCAGAUUUUGAUCUAGAGUUUGGCGUACAGUCCCUGUUAGGCGCAAGGACAAAACUAGAGGAUGUACCCAAAGUAACAGAUCUAAUUACAUCUAAAUUGCGGGGAUUCUUCAUUGACAAGUGCGUGUAUCCUAAUGGUCGUGCCAUUGCGAUGCCUACGUUUUGGGCGAAGCGUGAUAUUUAUGCAAAAACUCAUAGUAGUAGCAGUUCGAAAAAGUAGCAGCAGUCACACAUACAAAGAUUAAAUAGCAUGUCCUGUA